AAUACUCGCGACCGGAAGGCCCAGCAUGUCGACCGCCAAGGCCUACCGUCCCUGCAGCCUUAAGCAUGCUCAGUUGCGAGCAUGCAGUCGGCGAGGAUCUGGCCUGAACGUUGUCUGCAGGGCGAGGCGCUCUUACGACGAAGAUGAUAGUGCAGGGCCGAAGGAGUACGUGCGCGAGGUCAUCACGUUCUUCACAUCAGAGGGAGUGGUCCAGAUCCCGGGGCGGCGCGUUGCGAGGCCUGCAACCCAGGCCAAGAAGCUGGUUGCGCCCAUGCCCACAUGGGAGGAGCAGUCGCUUUGCAUCGGCGCCACGUUCAGCGUGGCCGCCACGAACGGCAUGGACGGCGGGCGGCGGGUGUCCAUUGAGGGCUUCUGCCAGAGCGUGGACUUCCUGUUCGCCAGUGUGCAGGACGCGCUGGAGAGCGAGCUGGGCGGCGAGGUGCUGAUGCAGGAGCGGCAGCUCAAGAGCGGCCUGCACGAGGUCCUCAACAUGACGGUGGCGGUGCCGCUGCUGUUCGGAGUGCCGCCGCAGCUGGACGUGCUCAACGAGGCGAUUCGCUCGGGAGGCGGCAUCGUGGACCGAGUCCGUCACGUGUGGCUCAUCCACCAGGCCUAACACCGCCACCGCUGCUGUGGCUGCCCGGCAUGUAUGUGAGCUCCCGGGCCGCGCCAGGCUGGGCAACAGCCACCGGUGCACCUGUGUGCUAUCGACGCCUGGGACAGCUGGGCGGCAGCUGGGGGUGGCUGGGCGGUAGCUGGGGUGGCAGCUGGGGGUGGCUGGGCCGCCGCUGUGCUGGAGAAGCAGCACGUGGGGCUGCACGGAGCCUGCGGGCUACGGGUGGCGGGGAGGCUGGAAGGCAGUAAGGCGUGGUUGCGUGUGACGGCAUGGUCGUUGAGCGGCCUCGCUCGACACGCGCGACAUGCAUGCCGGCUGCCUUGCUAGGCCGUCCUGCGGCGCGGUAAGACGCAACUUGUGUAUCAACAUCGAAAGCACGGGCAUUGUGUGCUGGGCGUAAAUGUGCAUCAUGCCUGGUCCCCCAGCGCGUGAAUAGCGCUUCUGCUUGGCUGCCUUGUGCUCCUGUGCCAUGCCGCAUUUCAUUACCAUAAAACGCUUGCACGGCUGGUGACCCUUUCGAGUAGGACUGCGAGGCUGGGACCCCGCUCGGAGGGGGCCACUCGAGUGUAUUUUUUUAUCUGUAUGCGGCUCCUUGAGUGCUGCCUCCCGCCUCUCUUUGUAUUGGAGUCUUACUUGUACGCCCAUGUGCCAUGUGUAGCAGAGUGGCCUAUUUCCCAACGCUGUGCCGCUGUGCCAGCCCUCGAGUGACGAGAAGAGUGUACGGAUAUCGGCGGCUGCCCUACGAGCGUAUGCGUUUUUCAUGUUGUCUGUGAAACCCAGAUGUAUGGUUGUGAAAUCAUUGCACCGUGAAGAGGUCAGGUUCGUUGCACUCUGUGCGUGCGGUUGGGGCGGCGAGGCCAAGGGGGCGGGGGGCAAACCUGCCCAUGGCACGCCCUUCAUCGGCGGAUGUCUUCAUAUGUUGGUGGCUUCAUAUUUUGUUAGUUAUGUGUUUGCUUUGAUUAGUAUACUCGCUGUGUGCUCGUGGCUGGUCACCCAGAAAGGGAAAACACCUGCCUCAGCACCAGCUUCAAAACGCACCUC